AUGUCGCCAUCGAUCAUCACCCAACCCAGUUGGACUAAAUCCAUGUCCAACAUUGAGCCAUACAAAGGACCUCCGAGAAAUAUCGAAGCAAUUGAUGCAAUUGACUUUGGUGAAAACUUGAAGCCAAAGAACUAUGAGAUCUUCGGCACCCAUUCGGAGUCCAAGAUCUUGAUUCUGGACGUUCAGAUCAUCGACUCGACAGGCCAAGAGCCUUACCGUGGCGAUGUUCUCAUUGAAGGAGAGCGGUUUACCGCAGUCGGUAUCGUCCCCAACAAAGAACAACUCCAGAAGGACCCCAAAGUUCGCAAAUUCUAUGGCAAAGGCAGGACCUUAAUGUCUGGAAUGGGGGAUGCCCACACUCACCUCUCAUGGAAUGGAGGUGACUUGGGUCGGUUGGGCGAAUUGGAAGUAGAGGAACACACUCUCCUCACCGCCAAAAGUGCUCAAUGCUACCUGGACUCAGGAUAUACCAUGUGCUGGGGAGCGGCGUCUGCAAAGGACAGAUUAGAUGUCGUUGUUCGUAACUCUAUCAACGCCGGUGACAUUCCUGGGCCUCGCUAUCUCGCCAACGCCAAGGAGAUUUGUCGAAGAGAUGGCGACCUCGUCCCGGGAAUUACAGCUUACGCCGAUGGUCCAGAUGAGAUGAGAGAGGUGGUUCGCCGCCAUGUCGACUUGGGUGUCGAUCAGGUCAAACUCAGCAUGUCCGGAGAAGCGAUCACGGAAGUUCGCUCUGCUCUGGACUGUUACUUCACAGACGAAGAAACCGCUGCAUGCGUGGACGAGGCUCACAAGCAUGGCCGUAGGCUAUGCGCUCAUGCCCGUGCACGAGACUCGGUGACCAUGUGCGCCCGACACGGUGUGGAUGUCAUAUUCCACGCCUCUUAUGUCGAUGAUGAGGGGAUGAAUAUGCUGGAAGACAACAAGACCCGACAUGUUGUCGUGCCCGCGCUAAACUUCCCAGUGAGCAUCUUGGAAGAUGGAGAACGUUUUGGAUACGCGAGAUCCAAAGCCGAGCAAGUAGGCUACAAGACGGAACUUGAUACAGCAAUCCUAGGGUUGCGUGAGAUGCACCGACGGGGGAUUGUUGUGCUUCCGGGAGGGGAUUAUGGCUUCGCUUGGACUCCACACGGAACAUAUGCCCGUGACCUUGCCCUUUUCACUAAUUUGCUGGGCUUUACCCCCCACGAGGCGAUUAUUUCUGCAACGGCCGGCGUCGCGAAGCUCUUCAUGCGCGAAAAUGAGCUGGGUAAGAUCAAGCCCGGAUAUUAUGCAGACUGUGUUCUUGUGGAUGGCAAUCCUCUGGACGACAUUGAGAUCCUGCAAGAUCACUCAAAACUCAAUAUUAUCAUGAUCAAUGGACGCGUGCACAAGGCGGGUCGGAAAGAGUACAUCGCGCCCAUGGUCGAUGGGACGAACGGUGUCACAUAUGAAGCCGAUCUUGACACGGAAUUUCCCGAGGUCAAGAAGGUCAUGCAGAAGGAUUAUUAA